AUUAUACCAUAUUCCCAGCUUUUCGGGGACUCAAGGGUUUGCCCCCGCAUGUUAUCCACUUCAGGGUGCAUCGAUGUCCACCGCCUUUCUCACCUGUUGUAUCGUGGCUGGUCCCAAAGUUUUCUACAGUGCAUCUCGCUGUGCCCAUCAGAACUUGAAGUUGUUUAAAAAUCUUAAUAUUUUUAGGGCUUCCAGUGGUAUCUGCUUCAACCAGUUGGAGGAGCUAUAGCCUGGUCUCCGUCCCUUCUUUUCAAGCAUUAGAGACAAGUUCAGUUAUCUCAAAAGAAAAACCAUACAUUGAACUGUCUGCCAGAAUCUAAGAAACAGCUUUAGCUGAAUGUUGGUUGUGUAAUGACAGAUCCAGCAGGACUGAGGCCCACCAGACACGCAGCCAGGCAACAAUGCUACAUUUCACAUAGCUCUUCAUGGAGGAACACGGAGUGACCCAAACUGAACACAUGGCUACCAUAGAAGCCCAUGCAGUGGCCCAACAAGUACAGCAGGUCCACGUGGCCACCUACACUGAGCACAGUAUGCUGAGUGCUGACGAAGACUCCCCUUCUUCCCCAGAAGACACCUCUUACGAUGACUCCGACAUACUCAACUCCACAGCAGCUGAUGAGGUAACAGCCCACCUGGCUGCUGCAGGUCCUGUGGGAAUGGCUGCUGCUGCUGCUGUGGCAACAGGAAAAAAACGGAAACGGCCUCAUGUGUUUGAGUCUAAUCCAUCUAUCCGGAAGAGACAGCAAACACGUUUGCUUCGGAAACUUCGAGCCACAUUAGAUGAAUAUACUACUCGAGUGGGACAGCAAGCUAUUGUCCUCUGUAUCUCACCCUCCAAACCCAACCCUGUCUUUAAAGUGUUCGGAGCAGCACCUUUGGAGAAUGUGGUGCGUAAGUACAAGAGCAUGAUCCUGGAAGACCUGGAGUCUGCCCUGGCAGAACACGCCCCCGUACCACAGGAGGUUAACUCCGAGCUGCCGCCUCUCACCAUCGACGGAAUCCCAGUCUCUGUGGACAAAAUGACCCAGGCCCAGCUUCGGGCAUUUAUUCCAGAGAUGCUCAAGUACUCCACGGGUCGGGGAAAACCAGGCUGGGGCAAAGAAAGCUGCAAGCCCAUCUGGUGGCCUGAGGAUAUCCCGUGGGCAAAUGUCCGGAGUGAUGUCCGCACAGAAGAGCAAAAACAGAGGGUUUCAUGGACCCAAGCACUACGGACCAUAGUUAAAAACUGUUACAAACAGCAUGGGCGGGAGGACCUUUUAUACGCUUUUGAAGAUCAGCAAACACAAACACAGGCCACAACCACGCACAGUAUAGCCCAUCUCGUACCAUCACAGACAGUGGUCCAGACCUUCAGUAACCCUGAUGGCACCGUCUCACUUAUCCAGGUUGGUACAGGGGCAACGGUGGCCACGUUGGCUGAUGCUUCCGAAUUGCCAACCACAGUCACUGUUGCCCAAGUGAACUAUUCUGCCGUGGCCGACGGAGAGGUAAGAACGACUCACAACCAUGGAGUCCAUAGAGGCGUGCAGGGAAGGCUCGAAAGGAUGGGUUCUCUUGCUGCAGAGCUGUGCCUUUAUUUAACUUACAAUCCCCCUCUCUCCUAUUCCUGUAUCCUCAGCGAAGCUGCCGCCCAUGCUGUCGCCACGCUGGCCGAAGCCACCUUGCAAGGGGGGGGACAGAUCGUCCUGUCUGGGGAAACCGCAGCAGCCGUCGGAGCACUUACUGGAGUCCAAGAUGCUAAUGGACUGGUCCAGAUCCCUGUGAGCAUGUACCAGACUGUGGUGACCAGCCUCGCCCAGGGCAACGGGCCGGUGCAGGUGGCUAUGGCCCCCGUGACCACCCGGAUAUCAGACAGCACGGUCACUAUGGACGGCCAAGCCGUGGAAGUGGUGACGUUGGAACAGUGACACGCAGCCAUGUCAUGGCGUCAUUUUCUAGUCUACUUCAAAAUUUUUUACGCGUUUGCAGAGGUGCAAUCAAAUGGAAUUAAGUCUCUCGACUUUGGAAGAAAAGUGUUGUUAACCCUUUUUCUAAAAAGGAAGAAAGGCAGCGGAUUUUGGAACUGCAUUUUUUUUAAGCACCACUCUUGAUUUUCUGGGAUUGGUGGAGUAAGAUACUGCGUUGUCAGUUUCACUGUCCCAAAAAGCCAAAUUGUGGCAGGACUUCUUUCUGCGAAAACAUGUAUGUAUACUUAUGUGUGUGUAUGUGUGAGUGUGAAUAUAUGUAUAUGUGUACAUAUGGAUAUACACAUUUACAUAUAUAUAUAUAUAAAGUAUAUAUGUAUAUAUAUAUGAAACCCGCAUGGAAUUAUCUGUAUGAAAUCAAGGUGCGCUGUGGAAAAAAUAUUCACCCAGUUUAGUGGGUGUAGGGUACGUGGCCAGACACAGUCACCCGAUUUUUUUUCAUACCAGGGUCAUGCGUUGAGCUACUGACAAACUCAGGUGGAGGUGACCAUGGCCUUCACCAAAGCUGCCUCCCAGUGGCCACCCAUAACUCUCCCUGCUGGACUGACCCGAGGAAGGAGAUCCCAGAGCAGGGCGGGUCCAGAAAUUGUGCUUGCAAGGUCCAGGGGCCUCGUGGUCUGGCAGCUGAGGUUGUCCUCGGGCUGGCCCAGUUGCUGACCUUGUCACAAGCAGGUGAAUGUCCUUAAAGCCUCCCAGGCGGGAACAAGAGGGUUUUCCUUAGCCUCCCAUCUCCUCCCCUUCCCAGGAAACCUUCGUGAUCUCAUGACUCUGAAAUUGUUGCUUUGGCUUUAAGGUCAGUCCUGAAUUGGUCAUGUAUAUGAACUGAAGGUAACAGAAGUAUUAAGGGUUUGAGGAGUACGUGUGCGUGCGCGUUGCGUGUGCUUGUGGAGUGGGGGGGAGAAUGGGAG